AUGCCAGUUUUGAUAAAAAGCAGUAACCGUUUGCGUAAAUUGGCUAUCGGUGUUGGAAUUGCCCUAUGUGGUUCAGCUGUUGGUAUUCUUUACGAUCAGGAACGAUUCUUUCAGCUUGGACCUUUUCGUGUUAUUCGUGCGGGUGUUACGGUACUUUGUAUCGUAGCCGAUUAUAAAUGGACUAUGUGGACUUGUCCGGAUACAGACGUAUUGUAUCAACAGAAAUUGAGUGCAGCACAUAUCAGAAAUGCUCAAAAAUUGCUUAAAUUAGCUGAGAAGAACGGUGGUGUUUAUAUCAAAGUUGGGCAACAUUUGGCUUCUCUAGAAUAUCUUCUUCCGGUUGAGUACACGGAUGUUUUAUGUAUUUUGCAUUCAAGAGCACCCGAAAGUAGGUUGACGGAAGUGCGGCAAGUUAUAGAAGAAGAUCUGAAUGGCAGGCUUGAGGACAUAUUUAUGGAAUUUAAUGAAACUCCGAAGGGUUCUGCUUCUCUUGCACAGGUGUACCGAGCAAUUUUAAGGAAAAACAACGAAGAAGUUGCUGUGAAAGUGCAACAUAAACACGCCUUAACUAGGUUGGCGUCAAAGCUCUUUCCUGAUUUUCAUUUUCUUUGGUUGGUGGACGAAAUGAAACGAAAUUUGCCUAGGGAAUUGGAUUUUAGGAUUGAAGCGGCAAAUGCGAAAAAGCUAAAGGAAAUGUUUUCACAUCUCGACUAUCUUAAGAUUCCAAAGAUAUAUGACGAAUAUACGACAGAACGUGUUCUUAUUAUGGAAUACUGUAAUGGUGCCCAAAUAAAUGACUGCAGUUAUUUUACGCAAAAUAAUAUAAAUCGUUAUGAUGUUUGUCGUAAAUUGGGUGCACUAUUUAGUGAAAUGAUUUUUAUUAAUGGUUAUGUUCACUGCGAUCCACAUCCUGGCAAUGUCUUGGUGAAUAGAACGGAGGAUGGAUGUGUUUCAAUCGUUCUUUUGGAUCAUGGACUUUAUUUAACAAUGGAAUCUGAUUUUCGGAUAAAAUAUUCGAAAUUAUGGCUGGCACUAUUAGAACCCGAUUUAAAUGAAGUUAAGAAAUGUGCGCAGUCAAUGGGUGUGGGUGAGCUUUAUGGUCUUUUUGCCUGCAUGAUAACAAAUAGAUCAUGGGAUGCAAUUAGCCAUGGAAUCGACAAAUCUGCUGCUACAUAUGAGGAACAACGAGAAAUCAAGUCAUUUGCUGCUACGCUGAUACCCGAAAUUUCACAAGUUUUGGAACGGAUGCCACGCUCAAUGUUAUUAAUUUUGAAAACGAAUGAUCUGUUGAGAAGUAUAGAAUAUCGAUUAGGAACACAAGGACGAGCGGAUACGUUUGUUCAGAUGGCUCGUUGUUGUGUUCGAUCAGUUCACCAACGUUCUGCUGAACAGGCGAAUUCGUUGCUAAUAAAAAUUUGCAUUUAUGUGCGCAUGUACAUUACACUUUUUAAAAUAACCGCUUUUGAGUACUAUUUGAUGUUUAUGAAUCCAUUUUAUGCCGAAUCUAUCGAAUAG